AAGCAGCGGCCGAGUCUCUCGACGGUAAGCGUGUCCUGUUUGCUUCCCCUCCCCCUGGAGCAGUAUGUGCAGCAGCACUAGAGGGACAGAUAAUGGAAUGGUGGUACAUGGUAUGGUCCUGCGGUCGUUUUUCUAAUUAGUACAUCAUACAGUGUUGUAUGCGGAAAGGACUAGGAAACGGAACGAACAACUGUGUACCCGUGAGUGUGCGUGCGUGCGGACGUGUGGGUCAAGUCCGGAAGAAGGACAGUGCAGAAAAUUGUAAGCACCAGCCUGGCAGCAGGCCGGAAUCAGCGGAUAUCAAUUUGGACAGGGAAGGACAAGAUGUGUUAGCCGUUUUUACUCUGUCGGUUUGUGUCGAAGAAGGGACCUGGAGUGGUAUUUGGAUGUACUAUUUACCUUGAGGGGUUAUCUUUUUGAGGAACAGUGGAAAUUGAGCCGCAACAUGGGCCGCAAAUGGAAGGAGAAAAGGAUCCGGUGCGUUUCCAGAUCCAGCGACUAGCAGUGGGCUGCUGUGGCAGUGAAGAUUACUCUGACGAAAUUGAAAAAUGUGCUACAGAAGGAAAGACGAUUGAUAUUUUUUUUUUCGGAAUUCUUUCAACAAGAAAUUUUCCUUUCUUUCUCUGGUUGGCUUGAUGAAAAAAAGCGUCGAAGACGGUGGGAUGGGUAUCCUCAAGAUGGUUUUUGACAGUGAAAAAUUGUGAAAAUUGUCUGGCUCUGUGUGCGAGAAGAAGCGGCGAACAAGUGUAAGAAGAAGCAGCAGCAGCAUCGAAAUACGGGAAUCCGGAUUGCCUCUCGCGAUUGAAGCUACGGCAUUUCGCUCUUUUGGUGUAGUGAUGUGGAGUUUUUCGAGACGAGAGUUCGCGGAGAGAAAUCUCUUUUGAUAAUAUACGAGGUGGAUAAAUGAGCUGCAUAAGAAUUUGGCUUUCGGCGCUUUUCUGAUCCCUCUGUUCUCCUUUCUUACCCUUGAAAUCACAAUAAUGAUGUCCCUAGUUAAGGCACCGUGAGAAAAAAAAACUAUCUCUCCCCGGUGGGGUCGAAGCAGACACAAUUAGAAGAAGAAGAAGAAGACGAAGAUCGAGCUUAACAGAUGAAACAAUGUUUUAUUAAAAGUUUUGAAAGGCAAAUUUUCAUAUGUACACAUAGAUCAGCGUGAGAAACGAGCAGUGAGGGUAUACGUGAGUGGGGGACGAGAUUGAGGGAGCCUCGGCGAACCACGCGCGCACGGAUUCGUGAGGAUAAAUGAAAGUUUCGUCGGUUCGGUGGAAAAACCAAUUUUCUCGCUGUACAGCGGUUCUGCGGGGAUUUAUUUUACGAGUGGCGGACGUGCUUGUGAAAUAAGUGCGGUGGCAGUGAAACACACAAAGUUGGAGACCCUGAAUCGCGGAACAACAGUGUAAUUUGCGCUCGUAUUCGACAUUGUUGUGAGGCGACAUCCUGCUCGAUUCGUUGGGGACCGCAACUGCUGAGGAAUUGCUGCGGCGGCGUGUGUGCCAUCUCUGCCAUCUGCUGGUGGAGUGGUGAACAGAAGGAAACAAGACAUAUGAAAGGACGGCCGAGUGGUGGAAAAUCUGUUCGAAGAAAUUUGCUCGGAGAGUUUGCUGCAAAAGCUUGAGGAGACAGUUUUGCGGAUCCAUAAGAUUUAAUGUUGAUUAAAUUAAAUGAAUUAUUCAAAUUGUUACGUAACGUACUUAAACUAGUAGCGGAAUUUGCGGAUAUACGGAGGAGAAGAAAGCAAAUGAAAGCUUAAAAGUGUAUACUUUGUUCCGCGGAGAAAUGAAACCAGUGUGGCAGCUCCGAGGAGCCAAAGCGAAAAGCAAAGAAAGUGCAAAGUGUGAGCGAGUGUGACACAGUGCUAAAAAAUUCAUUCCAAUUUGGUGAACUGAUAAUUAAAAGAAAAUUAACGAGUGCUUCGCAGUGCAAAAAGGAAAAAAAAAGGUAGUUGGAGAAAAAAAAAAAAUAAGGAAGAAAGAAGGGUAGUGCAUGAAAAUAGCAAAUUUCGGGGCAAAGUUGGUGGCGCAAGAGUUGAGUUUCGUUCGGUCUCCUAUGUAUUGCGGUGGUGUCACUGUAGCUGUAGCUGAACCGGUGGUUGCUCUCGGCAGUGUAAAAUUCUUGGAAAAUGUGCAGUUUCCUCUUAUGCAACGCUGGUGGAGCCAUUGUAAAUAGGAGAAGAGACUUUUUCGAGAGUUAGCGCCACAAUGUCAACAGCCAAACGGCUGGUGCUAUCGCUAAGAGGUCGCAAGGAAUCUCAGAGCACCGCGGGCACAUCUUCCACCCGAUUAGUAUCCUCGGCCAACAGCACUUCGCCCGGCCACGAACUCGACGAGAUUGCGGUGGUCUCCGGGGUCGCUGAGUCGAGUCACGUCUCCUACGGUAGCCUCUCGCUCGGUCAAACCAAUGGACCACGCUACAUACCAGAUGAUGAUGGCAAGGCACGUUUUGACGAUUCGAAACUGUCGCGGCAUCACUCGCACUCCCUCAACGGAACGGAUGCAGCCAUAAUGCAUCUGGCCCCUCCGCCCCUCGAAGCCGUCGGGUCCGACUUCAAUACCAUUCAAACGUCCUCGGAACACAAUCGAAACUCUGUGAGCCGUUCAAGUCUCAUGGAUAUCGUCAGUGCCAAGCUCGGCAUGACCGGUACCCAGCUGGGCCAGAGCAUCUCGCAGCAAGGAUUCUUCUCGUCGCGCGAUAGCCUGGCAGCGUCGGGUACGUCCCGGCCAGUGCAUUCCCAUGUGUCCGCCACCACCUCGGAGAUGGAUCUGUCCCGCAAGGACCGCAAGCGGGAACGGAGCAAGCUGAAAUCGGGCGACCAGCCACUGCUUGGGUCGUGGGGCCGCAGUGGACCCCGGGAAUCCGCGGUACACACCACUGCAGCUGCAGCCGCAGCAGCAGCGGCUGCGGCAGCAACCCGAGCGUCGAGUAACCAUCUGGCACCACCGUGCGGAACCGGAAGCACCUGCAACGGUGCCGAUCGAUACAUGUUCGGUCGCCGGUCCGGCUGUUCGACGUCGUCGCGCAAAUCCAACGGCCGUCGCUGGUCGUUCGUGUUCGAUCCGGCCGGCCGGCUCUGCUACUACUGGUCCAUGGUGGUUUCGAUGGCAUUCCUGUACAACUUCUGGGUCAUCAUCUACCGGUUUGCCUUCCAGGAGAUCAACGGCGAAUCGAUCGUGCUGUGGUUUUGUCUGGACUACUUCUCGGAUUUUUUAUACCUCGUAGAUAUUCUGUUCCACUUCCGUACGGGUUACCUCGAGGACGGCGUGCUGCAAACCGACUCGACCAAGCUCCGGCAGCACUACAUGAACUCGACGACGUUCUACAUAGACUGCCUUUGUUUAUUGCCGUUAGAUUUUUUAUACUUAUCGAUAGGAUUCAACUCGAUACUGAGAUCGUUUAGGCUAGUCAAGAUUUAUCGAUUCUGGGCCUUCAUGGAUCGCACCGAGCGGCACACGAACUACCCGAACCUGUUCCGUUCGACCUCACUGAUACACUAUCUGUUAGUUAUAUUUCACUGGAACGGUUGUUUAUAUCACAUAAUCUAUAAGAAUAACGGUUUCGGCUCGAAGAACUGGGUGUUUCACGAUUCGGAAUCGGCGGACGUGGUGAAGCAGUAUCUGCAGAGCUACUACUGGUGCACACUGGCACUGACCACGAUCGGUGACCUGCCGCGGCCUCGCUCCAAGGCGGAGUACGUGUUUGUGAUAGCGCAGCUGCUCUUUGGCCUGAUGCUGUUUGCGACGGUUCUCGGCCAUGUGGCCAACAUCGUCACCUCGGUCAGUGCUGCCCGCAAGGAGUUCCAAGCCAAGCUCGACGGUGUCAAGACCUACAUGCGCAUGAGACGGGUUCCCAAUCAUCUCCAGGUGAAGGUGAUCAAAUGGUUCGACUAUCUCUGGCUGACACAAAAGUGUUCAGACGAGGAGAGAGCUGUAUCAUGUCUUCCUGAUAAAUUAAAGGCUGAAAUAGCUAUAAAUGUUCAUUUAGAUACACUUAAGCGAGUAGAAAUUUUUCAAAAUACCGAGGCGGGCUUUCUGUGCGAGCUAGUGUUAAAGCUAAGGCCGGUGCUGUUCUCUCCGGGCGAUUUCAUCUGUCGAAAAGGUGAAGUCGGCAAAGAGAUGUACAUAGUCAAUAGAGGUAGACUGCAGGUUGUCGCAGACAACGGAAAAACUGUUAUGGCUUCGCUGAAAGCCGGCUCCUACUUUGGCGAGAUCAGUAUCCUCAACAUGGGUACGGCAGGAAACCGGAGGACAGCCAGCGUGCGUUCGGUCGGCUACAGCGACCUGUUCGUGCUCAGCAAGAAGGACAUGUGGGACGUGCUGAAGGAGUACCCGGCGGCACGGGUGCGGCUGGAGGCGAUCGCCGUCAAGCGGCUCGAAAAGUACAAGAAGGCCCCGCUCGAGAAAGUCGCUAUGGGACGCUGCCAAUCGACGCCCGGAUUAGUGGAGACACGGGGCCGGACCACCAUCGAGGACAUGUGGAUAUCACCGACGACGGCGAUUACGUCCGCCAGCUCGAUGGUUCCUACAUAUCCACCGCCGGCCGGCAGCCGCAUGACGAGUCCCCGGUCCCGACGAGGUGAUCUGAUUAGCAAUCGAAAUCCUCAGUCCCCAGGCUCGGUAAGCCCCAGUGUACAUAGUUCCGAAGAACGGCCUAGAAGUCGCGCGACUUCCCAUCAGCCUUCCAGACCGCAGUCACAGCCCUGUCGGACAGAACUUUUUGCAGGUCCCCCCUGUGACUCGCUUACCCAUAUCGAAUCGUCCGGUGCGACGCCCCUGCUAGGGUCCCACGAAGCCCUGGAAGGGGAAAUCAAGCGGUUGCGCGAGCGGCUGCAUACCGUCGAAUCGGAGAAUUUCUCGUUAAACGCCAAACUAGCCCAGCAACAGUGGGAGGUGGAACACCGCCUGGCGGAGAUCGAGAUGCAAAUCUGUGGUGCUUCGUCCGCGUCCAGCAUGAGUCAGGAGAACGAAACCGAAGACCUGGAACGGAACCGGGAGAGUAUCAUAUAACACGGAAGCGAGCUGCCUCAUAAAGUUGCCCUGGUGUAUGUGCGAUGCAUGACUUGAAUGGCGUACCAUUGUUCGUUUCUUUUCGUGGUGGUUGUGUGAAGA